AUGAUGCUCCGGCGUCAUCCGCUCCAACCGGUGAUGGUGCUGCUUCUUCCUCCCAUGACCCUAAAUCUCGUUGGACGUCAAGCAACAACGAUGGUGGAAGCAGUAAGAAUAACAACAACAAUAAUAGCAAUAGCAAGCCGACGACUGGUGGUGGCCAGAAAAACGCCGAUCCGAAACUGCCCAAGCCGAAUCCUUCUCCGGUACCGAACCAAUCCCAUCCGAAUCACCCCAAUCCAACAGCUCAAUCUUCACGCCCCGCGCCAGGUUCUGCUUCUUAUCCAUUCCCAGAUUCGUCGGGACGAGAGAGGUGAGAUGCUGAGGCAAAGACAGCAGUUUAUGCAUUACGCGAAUCCUAAUAAUGAUCAGUCGCUUAUGGCGGGGACGAGUAGUCCGUUCCGGCGAGAUGUUGGAGAAGAUGCCAGAGCAGCUAAGCAUAUGCGGGUAGGGUCAAGUAGACAUGAGCAUGGAGGUCAGGAGCCUAAGCAUUUCCAGGUCAAUGACCAGGCUGCGAUAAAGAAGUCGUUUUUGGAUUUUGUUAAGCGAAUUUAUGAGGACCCGUCGGAGAAGAGGAACUACUUGGAGAACGCGAGUAAAGGCCGGCUUCAGUGUCUCGUCUGUGGCAGGUGUCCUAAAGACGUCCAGGAUACACAUGGUUUGGUAAUGCACGCAUACUGUUCUGAGGAUGCUAGCUCACGCGUGCAUCACUUAGGCCUACACAGAGCCCUCUGUGUACUGAUGGGAUGGAAUUUCUCAAAGGCUCCUGAUAAUUCAAAGGCGUACCAGAAUCUACCUGCUGAAGUGGCAGCCAUCAAUCGAGACCAGCUGAUCAUAAGCUUCAUCCGGCAAACCUCAUGA